AUGUCUGCCUCUCGAUUCCUUACAUCAACUAUUCGGACCUGGCUUUUCAUCCUCCUCGUCACUCUCCAGCUCUGUUCAGCCCGGAUCACAUCCCGCCGCCAAAACAAUGCGAUCAUAUCCAGCCUUGCUAUCCUCUCAUCUCCCUCUAUUUACACGCCAAACAUCCUCGGAGUCCAGGCUUAUGUCCCGGCGGUGCCUGUGGACGAUACGGCGGGGUUGAACUUGACGGACGAUUCGAGGUUGAAUCUAAAGUGGAAUCCGGAUGCUGGGAGCCCGGGGGUCUAUUCGGCCGGGGUGUCGUACCAGCUGGAAGCGGACGAGCCUACACCCGGGGCGGACAAGGGCGCUCUCCUACACUUUACAGAGGAAGAAGCCGGAGACAACAUCACCACUUUGACACCCUGGAUCGCCAUGAUCGAAUGUCGAAACUGGACGCAUGCGAGCGAUUAUUGGGACAUCUUCACCCUCGCUCGAGACCGGGGAGCUGUAGCUGCGCUGUUGUACACGACGGUCGCGCAGAGUUGUCUGAUCAAUCAAGAAUACUUGGACGAUUUUGAGAAACCGUUGAACGUGUUUGCGACCAAAUCGAGGGCUUCCGCCACCUUGAUCGAGGCGCAGUUCAACGCGACACAACCGCAAUUCUGGCAUUACAACGAAAGCCUAUUGAAUCAGUCGUACGAAGUUGUGAACGCCUCUCUGGAGGGCAAUACUGUACCGACCAAGACUUACCUAAUCGCCACGCUCGUAGCGAGAGGCUCGCAGGGUCAAGCGACGGCGUAUCCAACCGCAACAUCGAGUCCUGUGGCGGCACAGAGCGGUACACCUAGAAACCGUUCGGUACCGAUGAUCAUCUUGUAUUGUGCCGCGGGAAUCAUUGGUGUGCUCAUUUUGUCGGUCAUUCUCACAGGAGCCGUCCGAGCGUUAAGACAUCCCGAAAGAUACGGACCGAACGCCGAUCUGGGAGAUCGACCGCCACCAGCUAGCACGGCAGCCGGGAUCGGUCAAGCUAUCCUGGAUACCUUUCCGGUCAUCAAAUUCAAUCGACCUCGCCGCGCCGUCAGGGAAAAGACGGCCUAUCCUUCUUUUGCCAAUGCCAACGAACAGGGCGAUACGAGCCACGAUCAGGACAUGGAUGGCGAUUACGCCGAGUCACGGUCUUGGAUUCAGAAUCAUAUGCAGGAUAAACGGUUCGCCGCGGCCAAGGCCGAGGGGGCGAUCGCAUCUCCUGCUGCAGCGUCGAGCCGGACGAUCACUCCUGUGAGGAAAACGCAAGAGUCCUCAGGCGUGGGAUUGGGAACUCCGGCUGCCGUCAUCGAGGAAAGGGAAGAGGAGAGGGACGACGGGGAGGAAGAGGAAGUGUGCCCGAUCUGUCUGUUGGAGUUUGAGGAGGGGGACGAGGUCAGGGUGUUGCCCUGUCAGCUGGCGCAUUCGUUCCAUAAGGAAUGCAUCGACCCUUGGUUGCUUGAAGUCUCGUCAAGUUGUCCACUAUGUCGAAAAGAAACGACCGCCGCAUCAAUACCACCAGCGACAUCCGCAACACUACCCAAUGAGACGGACGCGCGCCCAGGUCGAUUCGGCCGAUAUCUUGCCUUUGUACGACGAGAACGACGUCGCCACGACGACCACGACGACGAGGAUGCGCAGGGGGAGAGCUUGCAGAGGCGUAGAUCACGGAGACGGAGAGACCGAUGGGAGCAGUCUGGACCGGGACCGUUUUAG